GAGUAGUUUUGAACGAGUCGCUAAAUAACUUCUUCGUCUCCGAGGUUCCUUCCUGCGGAUCCGAAGUCACACCUCCUCGCCGUUCUUCCCUUGGAUCGGAAGGAACAAAGAGGACGGGAGCUUGCUCGUUGCGAAGGAAUUAGCUUAAAUACUGCUCAAAUCCAGCAUAAAUCAUGUAUCAAAACAGCCCCUCAUAGAACGGCAAUGAGGGUACCUAAAGUAUGAGAAUGUGGUGUCAAUCUUGCCGGGAGGAAUACAAGGAGAAGGACGCUGGGACGUGCAAGGAGUGCUACGAGGAGGCGAGCGAGACGGAGGAAGAGCUCAAGCGGGAGAUUGAAGACCUCAAAGCCAAGGUUUCCUUCCUCCGCAUCUGUCCCCCCGUCGACCCCCACCUCCCAAACACCAAUGCCGAUCUGCUGCUCUAUGGCGUUUCCGAAUCCCAUGAGGAAGCCAAAUCCACCCUCACCCCUGCCGUCCCGGCCCACCGUGCCGUACUUAUAAGCAGGUCCCCUGUUUUCAAAGCCAUGCUGGAGACCGAGAUGGAAGAGAACAAGAGUGGAAUGAUUAAAAUCUACGACGUCUCGUACGAAGUUCUUCGCUCCUUCGUCAAGUAUUUGUACACUGCAGAAGUACUCCUUGAUGAGCAGAUGGCGUGUGAUCUUCUGAUUCUUGCUGAGAAAUACCAAGUUAAACAUCUCAAGUCCUUUUGUGAAAAAUUCAUGACUUCCAAAGUGAAUAAUGAGAAUGCCAUCGCAAGCUACGCCUUUGCUCAUCAACACCAUGCUAAGCAAUUGAUUGAAGCUGCUUUGUCUUCAAUCAUAGAAAACAUAUCCACAUUAACUGAACGUGAAGAAUUCAAGGAGCUUUUGGAGAGGGAUCCCCGACUUGUGGUGGAGAUAUAUGAAGCUUAUUUAACUAGGCAGGUGAAUACUGCAGAAAAAUAAAACCUUCUUACUAAACAUUUCAAAACAUAAUGGAAAAAAAAAAAAAAGAUUGUCUUUGUAGUUUUAUGGAGUAUGUUAUGGGAAUCUAAAUUUAACUUUCUUCUUAAUGCUCAGUGUUCUUAGGGAGCUGAGCUGCAAAUCAUGAUGUACUUUUGGGAAUUUGUAUUUAUUUCCUCCGAUUAUUAUUCUACC